CUGGAGGGACCUGGCAACCCGGCGCAAGGUUUCCGCUGCAUCACGCACUUCUGGUCAUACAUACUCCGGCGUGUUGUGUCUACGCUUGAAUCAGGGAUUGUGAUCCGUCAUGGCUGAUGAGGGAUAUGUAGUACGCAUCAGGGGUCUCCCUUGGUCUUGCUCGGUGGAUGAAGUACAGAGGUUUUUCUCAGAUUGCAAAAUUGUCAGCAAUGGAAGCGGCAUCCACUUCACCUAUACGAGAGAGGGGCGUCCCAGUGGAGAGGCGUUUGUCGAGUUGGAGACAGAGGAAGACCUGAAGAUUGCCGUGAAGAAGGACAGAGAAACUAUGGGUCACCGAUACGUAGAGGUUUUUAAAUCCAACAAUGUCGAGAUGGACUGGGUCAUGAAGCACACCGGUCCGAACUGUCCAGAAACAGCAGGAGACGGGCUCGUCCGGCUUCGAGGCCUUCCUUUUGGCUGCAGCAAGGAGGAGAUAGUACAGUUUUUCUCAGGGUUGGAAAUCGUGCCAAAUGGGAUAACAUUGCCGGUGGACAUCCAGGGGAGGAGUACGGGGGAGGCCUUCGUGCAGUUUGCUUCACAGGAUAUAGCUGAAAAGGCUCUAAAGAAACACAAGGAAAGAAUAGGGCACAGGUACAUUGAGAUCUUCAAGAGCAGCCGUGCUGAGGUGCGAACCCAUUACGAGCCCCAGCGGAAGCCCAUGGGCAUGCAGAGACCUGGCCCCUACGACCGUCCCUCUGGUGGUCGUGGCUACAACAUGAUGGGCCGAGGGGGAUCCUAUGACAGAAUGCGUCGCGGAGGCUAUGGAGGAGGAGGUGUAUCAGACGGACGGUAUGGCGAUGGCGGCUCUUCCUUCCAGAGCACAACAGGCCACUGUGUCCACAUGAGGGGCCUACCAUACAGAGCCACAGAAACAGACAUCUACAAUUUCUUCUCGCCAUUGAAUCCAGUGCGGGUCCAUAUUGAGAUCGGCCCAGAUGGCAGGGUAACUGGUGAGGCGGAUGUAGAGUUUGCAACACAUGAGGAUGCUGUGGCAGCCAUGUCUAAAGACAAAGCAAACAUGCAGCACCGCUACGUGGAGCUGUUCUUGAACUCAACAGCAGGUGGCAGUAACGGAGCCUACGGCAGCCAGAUGAUGGGUGGUAUGGGGAACCAAUCGUCUUACAGCGGCGGCCAGCUGAGCUCAGGGUACUCUGGUGGAUACAGCAGCCAGGGCAACAUGGGGGGCUACAGUGACUAUAUUAGGUAACCAGGGCGGAAUGGGAAGCAGCUACUACGGCGGCAGUGGAGGAGGAGGAAGCAGAGGCUCUAUGAAUGGACUGGGCGGGGGAUGGGGAAUGUAGAUUUGUUUUUUUCUGUUUCCCCUUAAUUUGAUGGGUUUUUUUUAACUCAGCAUUUUGCUGGAAGGACUGGAAACACAAGUCUCACCUUGUAAACAUAGGGUAGGGUCAGGUGAGGUUUUGAAAAUAUUGAGGGGUAGGGUUUGUAUUUUUUUUUUUUUUUUAAUGUGAAUGAUCUUCAGAGAGAAGCAAAGUCAUAGGUGUCACAAAGUGUCCGACAGAAGCCCUGUUUGUCUUCCCCAUUCCUCACAAAUUUGACACAUCACAGAAACCGUGCUUUAAAUUUUCAUUACCAGGAAAGUGUGUCGUUUGUGUUCUCCAAGCACCUGGCUGUUCCUCAAAGUUAACUCAUCCUGUGCUGAUGGCUUUAACAUUAUUUUCAAUGUCAGAGUGCAUGAACAAAAAAAAUGUCUAUCUUCUGAUUGUUAGACCUUGUUUCACCUUCUACAUAGUGUUUAGCCUUUUUUAUUUCCCGUUUAAAAUGUUAUUCUGAAUUUGACACUUCAUAUGGUCAGCGCAUGUUUUGUUUUUCUUAAGGUGUGAUUGUUGAUGUGGCGGUUUCUCUGAAUGAGUGCUAUAUGAACGGCAAAUGUUUUUCAGAUCUGCUGACAUAAAAGGUUUCUACUGCUUCAAAUGCUAUUUGUAUUUCCCGUGCACAAAGUGAAUAAACUAGUCUGGAAUAUCUAAUUGAAACAA